AUGCGCUCACCGAUGAGAAAUGACAGCAGAAGCCACUGUCGCUUCUGGGACUCUGUUCCUACGAAGUUAAAUGGAGAACCUAAUAUCAGGUCUGUAUUUCGUUUCAAUGUUGAGGAUCUUUCCGGUCGAUACUAUGCCCCGUUAAAACCUAUCUUGAAUCUCACAAGCCGUAGAACCGAACAAGUACUAUCAUGUGUUAUGUAUAGAGCAAAUAUUUCCCAACCUAAGUGCCUUGGUAGAGCGGGGGGUUUUGGUUAUGAAAAGUGUGGAGAAGUACCGGAUAAACCGCUAAGAAAAGACUACUUUCCUAAAGAGGCUCGUAGUAGCCUACUGAGCGAAGUUCUGGCCUCCGUGAUUAGCGUAGGGUAUUUGGAUGGAGUAGAUAGAGAUUCGAAUGCUCGCUAUGGUAAGAAGAUUCGGCGUAGGUAA